UUGAGUACAUAACAUAACCAUGUACUUUUGUUUCUCUACCUUUAAGCAAAUUCCUCAUCUGAUCUUACAGGCAUUACUUGUCUGGAUGCCCCAGACGGCAUGUUUUAAGUUCAGUCCUCUUAAACGCUGGUGUCAAACGUCCUUCGCAAAACAUUUACUUAUAAGUUAGAUCCUUUUCACUCUACUUCUCAAGAAUGGCACAGCAAACAAUAACCUUUUUCUCUUUCGUGCUGGUGAUAUUACUCAGCAUGAUUCUUUUCAUGAUGUCUCUGGGAUAUUUACCAGAAAGCGUCAGAUACAGAUGGAUAGCCAUGUCGGGAAUCAAAAGAUUCAGCGGAGGCAACAUGUUUUAUGAAAAUCUCAAAUUACAGCAAAAUGAAGGAAACGCGACCCAACCUUUGUUCACCACAACAUGGACUUUAAAUACUACUGAAACAACAACAUGGGAGUCAGUGACAAUGUCAAAGACGAAUGAGACGAAACGGUCUCCUGCUGAACAUCCCAUUCCAGUUAUACGCAAAAGCUCCUUCAAAAAACUUCCUCUGUGGAACUUUGACGAUAUUUAUAAUUUGGAUGCCCCGCCUAGACCUAUGACAUGUGCCCAGUCUCUGCGAAACUCCGAGGACAAGGCCUUCCAGAAAGCUUUCCUUCCCAACGUACGCAUGUUUCUGCACAAAGAUAACAUCAACAUGAGAGAGUGGAACCGGCUUUCGCAUUUCAACAAUCCUUAUGGUUUUAUGGACAUGAAGUAUGAGGAUGUAUGGCCUGUGUUGAAGAUGAUCCCAAAGCCAAAAGAGCCGCUGCUCCUUCCAAAACCAGGCGGGGAUGGCUGUGUGCACUGUGCCGUGGUGGGGACUGGUGGCAUUCUGAAUGGCUCCAAAAUGGGAGCUGAGAUUGAUGCUCAUGACUACGUCUUUCGGAUGAAUGGUGCGGUGAUCAAAGGUUACGAGGAAGACGUGGGGAACAGGACAUCAGUGUAUGUUCACACAUCGCACUCAAUCACUGCCUCACUUUAUAUAUUCAAGAAGUACGGAUACAUGUCCGCCCCACAUGACGAGGGUAUAAAGUAUGUCAUGAUUCCUGAGGGGUUGAGGGAUUACCGGUGGCUCAAAGGUCUUAUCGGAGGGGAAAAUCUGUCUAAAAAAAACCCAAGAACCUACUAUUCAGGACGGUACAAUGAGAGCAACUUCUAUGUUCUGCACCAGGACUUUCUGAGAUACGUACGGAACAGGUUUUUAAAAUCAAACAAUCUUAACCGAGGAUACUGGGCAAUUGUCCGACCAACCAAUGGGGCAUUUGCUAUCUUUACAGCUCUGCACGCUUGUGACACAGUCAGUGCGUAUGGAUUCAUGACACAAGACUAUGCAAAAUACCCCAAUUAUUAUGCUCAGAGGAACCAGAAAACCAGAGUCAUUUUCUACGCCAACCAUGACUACAUUCAGGAAAUGAAGCUAUGGAAGAGCCUUCAUGACAGAAAAAUACUGAAGCUGUUUCAAAGAACUGAAAAAAAAGAUCGGACACCGAAGCAGCCCUGAAACACUGAGAAUGAUAGUUACAGCAUCAAGAAAUAAAGCAAACUGUUUAAAUGUGGUGAAGUCUUACAAAAAACAUCACAUACAGAGGCUUUAAUAACUCUAUGUUUCAUGGUUUUUGAUGAAUAAAUUAAAUUAAGUGUAUAGACCAGUCAGAGCUUUUGGUCUGAAGGCUGCCGGCAGCAUUACAAACAAAAGUUUACAUUC